AUGGGAAGACUUGUUGGUUUAGAGUUGAACAAUUUCAAGUCUUAUCGAGGUACAGCUUCGAUCGGAUUUGGAAGUUCGUUCUUUACCUCAAUCAUCGGGCCAAAUGGCUCGGGAAAGUCCAACAUGAUGGACGCGAUCUCGUUUGUUUUGGGUAUCAGAUCCAGCCACUUGCGGUCCACGAAUCUGAAGGAUUUGAUAUACAGAGGCCGCAUUUUGAACGAUGAGGCGGGUGGUGAUGAGGACAAGGAGAACGAUCCUACAACCGCGUACGUGAUGGCUAUAUAUGAGAAGUCGAAUGGCGAUAUCCUAAAGCUCAAGAGAAGUAUCAACGAGACCGGAGCAAGUGAGUACAAAAUCAACAACAAAACCGUUUCUGCUACACAGUAUGCCGAGGUGUUGAAGAAGGAGAAUAUCCUGAUCAAGGCACGUAACUUUUUGGUUUUCCAAGGAGACGUUGAGAAGAUAGCCUCUCAAUCACCAGAUGAGCUGACAAAGCUACUUGAGACCAUCAGCGGAUCGAUCGACUACAAGAAGGAAUACGAUAUGUUAAUGGAAGAGAAGGACAAGGCUCACGACACUAGUGCGUUGUUGAACUCGAGAAAGAAGACUCUACGUGAAGAGUUUAAUCAGUACAAAAACCAAACUCUUGAGAUUGAGCAGUUUGAUCUAAAGUCGCAACAAUUGUCUGACCUCAUUCAAACUAAGUAUCUCACCGAACUGUACCACAAUGACCAAGAGCUGAAACAAAGCCUGGACGCUUUGAAGGCCGCGAACGCCGAGUCGAAAGAGCUGAAUAAACAACUUAAGGAUAGCGAAGGCUCAAUGAAAGACGUUAUUAAAGAGCGUACCAAAAAGGAUAACGUUUACCAAAAGACAGAGAAGUCGAUUUCCAAGAAGGCAGCACUGGUCAAGGAAAAACACCUCGCCCUGAUUCCUCUUCAGUCGGAAGUUGCUCAGGUGAGCAAGAAAAUCAGAGACUACAAAAGGAGAGUGGGGACUCUGUCUGAAGAUAGAUCCAGACAACAGGAAAUUGUCGAGACUAUUGGCCACCAACUUUCAACGAUCCAAAAGGCGUAUGAUAACUAUAUCAAGGAGUACGAGGCAAACACCAUGGACAGUAUCAGUCCUGAGGCCUUGGAAGAAUACAAGAAGCUAAGAGAAACUUUCCUCAUGAAGGGAGGCCACAUUGAGUCCAAGCUUAUUGAUCUUGAAGAUGAUGUGAGCACUCUGAAUUUGCAGAUUGAAAACGCUGCGCAUCAAAAAGAGAUAGUCGGGAGCCGGAUCAGUGAGCUGGAAGCAGGCAAAUCCCAGCUAAACAGCAAGAUCCAGGACAACCGUGUUCAAUUGAAGGAUGCAAACAGUGCAGUCAAGUAUAAGAAAGCAGAACUCCGGCACGUUCGCUCUGUUCAGAAUACUUUGUUGCAAAAGGAGUUUGAUCUCAACACUGUUUUGAAAGAGCUGCUUGUCCAAUUGAACGAGUUACAGGCCGACCAAAGAGAGUCUGCUAGAGAGAAAAGACUUCGGGAGAAUUGUUCCUCUCUGAAAAGACUAUUCCCAGGAGUGCGCGGACUGGUCUGCGACCUGUGCAAGCCGACUCAGAAGAAAUACGAGCUUGCUGUGUCUACCGUUCUUGGUAAGAAUUUUGAUGCAAUUGUUGUGGACAACUUGAGUGUUGCUAACAAGUGUGUUGAGUACCUUAAAGAGCAGAGAUCUGGUGUUGCGUCUUUUGUUCCAUUGGACACAGUCGAUUCUAAACCUCCUCAGGCGUACUUGCGGACCAUCGACGAGCGUGUUAGACCAACUUUGGAUGUGGUUUCUUUCGAGCCAGAGAUUGAAAAGGCUGUCCAAUACGUUUGUGGAAACUCGAUCGUUUGCGACAACAUGGAUAUUGCCAAAUACGUGAAAUGGGAGAGAAACGUCAAUGUGAAGGUGGUGACACUUGAAGGGUCGUUGAUCCACAAAUCCGGACUGAUGACUGGUGGUCUGACACAGACUGGCAACAGAAGAUGGGACAAAUCCGAGAUUCAGGCUCUGAACACCAAGAAGGAGGAGAUCAAGGCCAGUUUGGAAGAGAUUGCUAAACGAAAGAUCAGCGGUCUGUUGGAGAAGAAACUGAUGGACGAGGUGGAAGUUUUGGAGGCCCAAGUACCUCCAUUGAGCGACUCUGGUGCAGAGCUUCAGAGAUUGGUUAGGGAUGCAGAUUCGGAAAUCAAGAACCAGAAACGCGUGUUUUCAGAUCUGGAAACAGAACUCAAGGGAUUGAACAAGAAGCUUAAGGAUGCGCAGUCCAAGGUCGAUGUUACUGCAAAUGAACUCAGUGCAGUUCAGCAGUCAGUGUACGCUUCGUUCUGUAAGAAGAACGGCUUCUCCAACAUUGGAGAAUACGAAGAUUCUUACGGAUCCAGAUCGAGGGACUAUUCCAAGGAGAAGGCAAGAUAUGUGAAGCAGAUCCAGUACCUAGAGAACAAGCUUAGUUUCGAGAAGGACCGUUUGGAAGAACAAGAGUCUCGGUUAGACCGUUUGGAGAGAGAUCUGUCCAAGUUCGGGAAGACCCAAGCCAAAUUGGCUUCCCGCAAGGAGACCUUGGAGACUGAGGCUGAUACUCUAGAGAGUGAACAUGAGGUGUUGAAGGAAGAGUUGUAUGUCCUCAACGAUAACAGAAAAGCACAGUUGAUUGAUUACAACCAGCUGGAGGACGGACUUUCUGAGCUGAGAUCCAGCAUCAACGAUAUCAGCAAGAAGAUUGCCAACCUUGAAGACGUUGUUGAGAAGAAGGAGAUGGAAAAGAUCAACAUUCUGAGGAACUGCAAGCUGGAGAACGUGAAGCUUCCGCUGACUCUUGGAUCCAUGGACGACAUUCCGUUGGAGGAUGCAGAACAGAGCGAGGAGGUUCUUGCGGACGGAAUCGAGAUCGAUUUCGAAGGGCUCAAGGAUGAGUACAAGACCGGCGAGUUGGAGGAGUUGCAGCUACAGUUGAAACAGAGCAUCGACCAAACAACUGCCGAGCUGGGAGCUAUAAAUCCAAAUAUGAAAGCCAGAGAGAGGCUUGAGAACGUCAAGGUGAGACUUGCCGACUUGGAUGCCGACUUCUCGGACGCCAAACAAGACGAGAAGAAGAUCGUUACAGACUUCCAGCUGGUCAAGUCCAAACGGUACAAGCAGUUCAUGGACACCUUCAACCACAUUUCUGCCAAGAUCGACGGGGUGUAUAAGGAGCUCACCAAGUCGAAGGUGUCUCCUCUUGGAGGGUCUGCGUAUCUCACUCUGGAGGACGAGGAUGAGCCGUACUUGCACGGGGUGAAAUACCAUGCCAUGCCGCCAAUGAAACGGUUCAGGGACAUGGAGCUGCUUUCUGGUGGAGAAAAGACCAUUGCUGCGCUGGCUCUUCUGUUCACGAUCCACUCACACCAUCCGUCUCCGUUCUUCGUGCUGGACGAGGUGGAUGCUGCUCUGGACAACGCCAACGUCAACAAGAUCGCCAACUACAUCGCCAACAACUCAGGCCCCGACUUCCAGUUUAUUGUGAUCAGUCUGAAAAAUGGGCUGUUCGAGCGAAGCGACGCGCUCGUGGGAAUUUAUCGCGAGCAGAACCUCAACACCUCCAAAACGCUCACGCUCGAUUUGCGGACGUAUCCGGAUCAAGAAGCUGCUUAG